UUCGACGUCAGUUCAGUUCGUUUCGUACGGUGCCUCUGGAAUCACCGUUCGUUUGUGUCGCGCAAAAGGUACUAAGAGCAGCUGCUUGUAGGAAAAAAUCCUGAUCCCGUGCAACAAUUUGAGAAUAUCGGUUCCGCGCCGUGACACUCUGUCCCACCCGAGGGCCACACCAAUGCAGACGAGAGGAGGAUUCAGUUGGGGAAUAUCGCCGAAGAAAAACGUAUCGUAAAUCGCACCGGAUCGCAACCAGGGCUGAUCACCAGCACACGAAAAAACAUCAUUCGAAAGAAAGAUGGGUGGCCAAAAGUUCCAGUACGAUGAGAGUGGUGGAACUUUCUUUUACUUCAUUCUGUCGUUUCUGGCGCUGAUUCUGAUACCGGCCACUUUCUAUUUUUGGCCGCGAAAGAAAAAGGAAGACCCAGAACGCCACAAAGCAGAUUGCCAGUGCGAACCAUGCAAGAAAAAGCGCAUACUGAUAUCACAUUCCGACCCGUACAAGGGUGUGAAGGCGUUCUUCGUCAAGGUGCUCAUCGUCGGUGGGUGGGUACUGCUCGCAUUCUUGACCUAUAAAGUGUCCCAAUUCGACUACGAGAUGUCCAACUUUGAUCCGUAUGAAAUUCUUGGCGUUCCAUUGGGAUCCUCCCAGAAGGACAUCAAGAAAGCCUACCGCACUCUGUCGGUUAUUCUGCAUCCGGAUAAGGAAACUGGUGACGAAAAAGCGUUCAUGAAGCUCACGAAGGCUUACCAAGCGCUGACAGAUGACGAAGCACGAAAGAAUUGGGAAAAGUACGGCAACCCGGACGGCCCGGGAGCAACAUCGUUCGGCAUUGCGCUACCGUCGUGGAUCGUUGAGAAGGAGAAUUCAGUCUGGGUGCUGGGAUUGUAUGCGUUGGUGUUCAUGGUGGCCCUGCCCACCGUGGUGGGAACCUGGUGGUAUCGAUCGAUACGCUACAGUGGCGAUAAGGUGCUGCUGGACACGACCCAGAUGUAUUUCUACUUUUUCCACAAGACUCCUCAAAUGGCGCUGAAGCGGGUGGUGAUGAUACUGGCUGCCAGUUUGGAGUUUGAUAAGCGGCACAACACCAACGUGGUGGAAAGACAGUCGGAUAACGAGGAGGUUCCCAUGCUCAUCAGACAAUUACCGAACCUGAACGAAAAGUGUAAGGAACUUCCGUUGUGUCGAAUGUAUUCAAUCAAGGCUCGUGCCAUUCUACAUGCCCAUCUUAGUCGAAUGGCACUGAAUCAAGAUACGCUAGAUAAAGAUCGUCAAUUCAUCGUGAAAAAGUGUCCAUACCUAAUCCAGGAGAUGGUCAGCUGUGUUAACCAGUUGAUUAUGUUGGCUUAUGCUCGGAGAAUCUCCAAGCUCCCGACUAUAGAAACAAUCGAGAAUUGCAUGAAGUUGUCGCCGAUGAUUAUCCAAGGACUGUGGGAGUUCAAGAACCCUCUGCUUCAACUGCCACAUGUCACCGAGGAGCAUCUUCGGUAUUUCAUCUCGAAGAAGCCUCCGAUUCGCAAUCUUCAGCAGUUCGCCCAGUUACCGGCCGAGGAAAGUCGCUUGGUGUUGCGUAGCUUAAGCGACUUCGAGUACGAAAACGUGACGAAGGUGCUCGGCAAGAUGCCGCUGAUUGAUUUUGCUGUGAAGUGCGAAGUGGUGGACGACGAGAACUCCAACGUCGUGACGGCCGGAGCCAUUGUGACCGUGACGGUCGAGCUGGUUCGGAGGAGCAUGAGCGAGCUAUUCGGGGACACCACCGCCAAGGAGAAGCAGGGCAUAACUGAAGCAAAUGAUGACGGCGCUGAAGGUGACGAAAAUGGAGGUGGAGGUGAUGGUGCAGUGGCACCAAAGGACGAAAAGGAAGAUGCCAAGGCGAAGAAACCCGCCUGGCAGCCCAGAACAGGCGGCAAGGGACACAAGGGGAAGAGCAAAAGUGCGGCCAACAGAAAUAAACAUCGGCAGGCAGCGGCAGCUGCUGCGGCGCUCGCUCAAACUCAGGCCACUAAGAUUGAAAAGAAUAAAAUCAAUGGUAAAGUACGAAAGGAGGAAUCGGACGCUGACAGUGGCGCUGAAAGUGACAAUGAUCUAAGCUCAGACGAAGGGAAGAAGUCGUCCUUGGAAGACGACGAUGUCGAAUGGGAAAAGUUCCAACAAAAGAUAAACAAACGCGAGAAACUGGAAGGCAAAUCUAAGGUUUCCCACCCUGUGCACUGCCCACUGUUCCCUGAGGAAAAAUACGAAUACUGGUGGACAUACAUCUGCGACCGGAAGUCGCGCACCCUCCUGACCGCACCGUACCACGUCACCAAUCUGGUGCACCGGGAAGAAGUGGCCCUCAAGUUCACCGCACCGAAGUGGCCCGGCGUGUACGUUUUCACCGUCUGCCUCCGGUCGGAUUCCUACUUCGGAAUGGACCAGCAGGUCGACCUGAAGCUGGACGUCAAGGAAGCGGCCGCCAUCCCGACUGAACACCCGCAGUGGGACAUCAGCGACUCCGAGUCGGAGGCGAAUGAGCAGCAAGCCAACGAGAGUGAAUUCACUACGGAUUCGUCCGAUGCGGAGAAUGACGACCAUUAGUUUGUGGCGAGAGGGUGAGGGCGAGGGAAUGUGUGCGUGUAGAGUCCAUGCAAGAUUCAAUCAUAGUUGUUAUUAUUACUUUUCCCCGGAUUCAUACAAUAUUGUGUCUUUUCUGAGCAAUUAUCGUCGAAAUACUAUUUUGAUUAUUCAAAUUUAUAUUAGAAAAUGCUACACGUUAGGUCGGAACAUACGUUCUGAAUCAAUUUGAAACCCGUUCUUUGGUCAUUUAUUUGUCUACACAUGUAUUGACAUUUAAAACACAUUUUAAGUUGCUAUAUUUCAAGUUGAGGAAUGUCUACAGGAUGCCAUUCCAGAUCCACUGAAAAAAAUUGAUAGAAAGAUAUAUUGAAAACAUUUAAAUUGUAAAUUACUUUGUAUGAGCAACAAAGUAUGUAUGCAUGUUUUCUAGCAUUCUAAAAAUAAAACAUGAAAAUCUUACAGUUUUAUCAGAGAUUUUUUUAAAUAUACUUUUAAGGCCUUCUCAGAAUCCAGUAGCAAUCACAAUAACCAACUUGCUGUGACACGGAUUUUCAAGAGCCCAAUAAAUCUUCGUUCUUGAUUCAACGAAUUUGAUAUUUCAAUUGUGUGCUCAAUGUGGUGCAUAUUUAUUGAGAUUAAUGCAUCUGUAAAACAUCAGGGAGGAAAAAGGAAUGUGUUGGAAAAGGGGCCCUUGAAGAGGGCAUACAGCGCACAAGCGUAUAAGAGCUUAUAGCUCCUUACCACAUUGGGUUAUGAUGUCAAUUUCACUUAAAUAGUGAUUACCAAAUAUUGGGAAGCGUGGCUACACAUAAACUGAUCAGCUGAUAAGAACUUCUAUAAUCGGAUUCACAACUUUCACAGACAAAUGAUUCGUUGAAAAUUUUCUAUUAAUAAUUGUAAGUUUAAUAAGCUUCGAUUGAGACACGUGCAGUUCUGUUUAGACAGAUUAGCUAAAUAGUUUCUACUACCGGCGAUGACUGUUGUAUAACUUUAGUUCCACGACAAAUACAAACGACUCCAAUGUCGUUUGUGCUGAGAGACAGCCCGAAAGUGAAUCAACGCUACAGUUCUCAACAGGUUACUAACCUUCAGUAUCUCGUACACUCGACUGUCGAAAAAACAUUAUAAACAGUGUCGUAGGUUAAUAUGCUGCACGCACGAUUCGAUAGAUCAUGACACGAGAUUUCAUUUUCCACGGAUAUUGCUCAACCGUUCCAUAUGUUAUUGUUUCUUUUUAAUCAUUGACCCUGAACACAUUUAGCAAGUCCAUGUUAAGCUCAGAGAAAUUGAAUCCCACUGAUGAUGUCGAUAAUAAUGGCGGAUUGGAAAUAAUGAAGAGUGACAGUUAAAACAAAAUGCACCGGGGAUAAAGCACUUUUUUAUAUAAAACAGAAACCACUACAAUGCGCUUGGUUAGAAGCGAAAGACUACAAUAUUUCUAGAGAAAAUUUUGGGUAAAAGUAAGUUAGAUUAACAAACAACCACAAAUGAAAUGCAUAGUUAUGUAGUGUUUAAAAACUGGAGAAAAAACCGUAACAACAUUACAUACAAUCACAAUUAUAGAACAUUAAAAGUCUGUCAUACAAUUAUA